AUGUCCUGCAGCCUCAGCUCCGGGAGCCGCUCCACCCGCUCCUACCGGCGGGCCCUGCGCUGCCCCGGCUCCCCCUGCGAGCCCGUCUUCCAGGGCCACGCCGUCUACUCUCCGGGCACCUGCCAGCCGGGCCCCUGCCAGCCGGGCCCCUGCCAGCCGGGCCCGUCUCUCUACGGCGGCUGCCAGGACGCCUACUGCGCACCCACCAGCUGCCAGACGUCCUGCUUCCGUCCCAGGACCUCCGCCUUCGGCAGCCCCUGCCCGUCCAGCUACUCGGGGUCCUCGGGAUGCGGCCCCACAGGCCUCAAGCCCUCCGGCUAUGGCAGCCCCCACGUCCAGUCUCUGGGCUGCGGGCCCAGCUUCUACCGCCCCACCCCCACUUGCUUUUCUUCCAGGAGCUGCCAGUCGGCCUGCGUCCAGCCGGCCUUCAGCCAUCGCUACUUCGGGCCAACUUACUGA